GACAGUAUAUUUCAUCGACGGAUCCGCGGCCACACUGUUCAUAUGUUCAUAUGUAUAUGUGUAGGAAAAGCUAACUUAACCAAAUAUAAUCAGAUUUAAGUCAUACUGUUUGAACUUUAAGUGUUUGUGAUAAAACAAAAUGAGUGACGAAAAGAGUGGAGAGGAGCAUCGAGCCAAGCUCAAGAAGCAAAAGAAACAUAAGAAACACAAAAAGUCCACAUCCAGCAAGAGUGACAAAGAGAAACAUGUCCACAAAAGGCACAAAAAGUCAAAGAAGCGUCACCACCACCAUAGCGAGUCUUCCCAUGACUCUGACGGUACAGAACAUCCAAGCGCCAAACAACAGAAAAGCUAUGGACUUAGCGAGAAGUUUUCUGAAAUCAUGCAGAAGGCAAGCCGCAAUGGCGCCGAAUUGUGCAUCUCUAGCUCGAAAUUGCAAACAGACCCGUGUAGUCUCGUGGAGGAAAUUACAAAAACCAUACAGAACAAGGUUCUCCCAGUUUUGGAGGUGGCCAGUUCGAGCAGCGAGAGUGAUGUCCCCAUGGAUGUUGCUAGUCCGAUUAUUGCUGCCAUGAUCGAAGAUGAGUUGAAUUUAGAGGACCUGAUGAAGCAGAAGGCAUUGCUACAGGCUCGCCUGGGCGCGUACAUGUCGGACCCGGACGCUGAUGAAAGAAGUGAACCCAACUCACGAGCACAAUCGGUGCAGUCCAAGCAAAUAGCCAGCAAGGGCCAAUCGCAGCCCUUAUUCCAACCGCAGGCUACUGCAACUAGUAAAAAUGUUAAUAAUAAACAGUCUAGCAUCCAUAACUCAAAUGAAUCCGAUGUUAUAUUAUUGGAUGAUUCUAGCGGAGGCCAGCGCACGCCCUCGCCUACGCCAGAGAAGCGAAGACGACAAGCACCAGCAUCCCCAGCAGCGCCUAGAAGUCGAGUACGCGGCGAUACGGUUCUUGGAAGGCGUGAGCGACGCUCUAGAGACCGGGAUCAGGCGCGUAGCCGCACUCCCCCUCGCCGGCGUAUGGAGGAACAAAUUCGGCCCCGCAGUCAAAGCUCCCAACGACGGAAUCAUCAGCAGAACAAUCGUAACAUGGAAGACUUACGCCAGGAGAUCAAUCGCGAUAAACAGCGAGAAAGGCAUGAGCAUAGCCGGGAUCGGGAGCGCCGUGGACCAGGAUCUGGCACAGACAGGCCACAAGCCACGGCCGAACAACGUGCUGGUCGUCCACGGGAGAGAGACAGUCGCUUCAAUCGCCAGCGGUCUCACAGUCGCAGUAAGUUUGAGUCGGACAGGCGCCGUGAACGUGAGCGCUUCCAAGAUCGGGAUCGCGGUGGCUUUGGUGGUAAUAAUCGUGGUGGAGCACGGGGCGGCGCGGACAACGACCGAGAUCGUUACAAAGGCUCACUGAGCGAAGGCCAGAAGAUUCACGACAAGGAGAGCAGUGACGAUGAGGUUAAUCUGGACAUUGACAUCAACGAGGAUGACGAUGAUGAGGAACGUAUCAUUGAGCAGCGUCGGAAGAAGCGCGAAGAGCUUCUCAAGAAACUAGGAACAGGGCAGGAAUCGCCCACGCCUCAAAAUUCCAACUCCUAUGAGUCUCGUAGCACUUCAGCGGGCUCGUCGCAACGGGAUCGCCAACCAAGAACUCCCACACCCACGCUCAAUGACUUGGAUCACCCCAAGGAGCAGCAGCAGUUGGACAAUUCCAACAGCCAAAAGAAUAGUUCAGGAAAAGAGAAACGCAAUGAGUGGGACAUGUUUGCUGAUCAGGAUGUUGAUUCCAAUUUCGAUUCGCCCAGUACAAUUAUUCACAACAAGCAUCAGCAUGAGAAUCCUGCCCUUACUGACAACUGGGAUGACGCGGAGGGAUAUUAUCGUGUGCGCAUUGGUGAGGUUCUAGACAAUCGCUACUUGGUCAGUGGCUAUACGGGUCAAGGUGUGUUCAGUAAUGUGGUGCGUGGCCGUGAUCAGGCUCGGGGACAGGCCAAUGUGGCAAUCAAGAUCAUUCGCAACAACGAAAUAAUGCACAAAACCGGGCUGCGAGAGCUUGAAAUCCUUAAGAAACUGAACGACGCUGAUCCCGAAGAUCGUUUCCACUGCCUGCGCUUGAAUCGCCAUUUCUUCCACAAACAGCAUCUCUGCAUGGUGUUCGAGCCACUGGCCAUGAAUUUGCGUGAGGUGUUAAAGAAAUACGGCAAGAAUGUCGGGUUGCACAUCAAAGCUGUGCGCAGCUACACUCAGCAACUGUUUUUAGCCCUCAAGCUGCUGAAAAAGACGGGUAUCCUGCAUGCGGACAUCAAGCCGGAUAAUAUUUUAGUCAACGAGAAUAAUUUGAUACUGAAGCUGUGCGACUUUGGGUCUGCUUCGGCAAUAAGUGACAAUGAAAUUACUCCGUACUUGGUGUCGCGGUUCUAUCGAUCGCCAGAGAUCAUUUUGGGAAUACCAUAUGACUAUGGAAUUGACACUUGGUCUGCUGGUUGCACCAUCUACGAGUUAUACACGGGAAAGAUUUUGUUCAGCGGAAAGAGUAAUAAUCAGAUGCUAAAGUUUUUCAUGGACGUGAAGGGCAAGAUACCGAAUCGUAUUGUGAGAAAGGGUCAAUUCAGAGAGCAGCACUUUGAUCAGAACUGCAAUUUCCUCUAUCACGAGAUAGACAAGCUCACGGAAAGGGAGAAGAUUGUUGUGAUGCCAGUUGUAAAGCCAUCGCGUAGCCUGCAGCAGGAACUGAUUGCUGAUCAAAAUCUGCCCGAUGAUCAGCAUCGCAAGGUCACUCAGCUCAAGGAUCUGCUAGAGAACAUGUUUGCCCUGGAUCCAGCGAAGCGGAUCUCCCUCAAUCAAUCACUAAUGCAUCCCUUUAUUCAGGAGAAAAUGUAGAGAUGAACAGCGACAUCGAAUAAACGUAAUUCUUUUUCCUAGCCCGUAAGACAACCGAUACGCCCAACUCGCGUUAGCUACUAGUUUUCAUUUGUUAUCAGGCUAAAAAAACAGUUCGCCUAGAAGUCACCCGCACCAUACAUUUACACGAUUACAAACGAUGUAAAUAUGCCCUGUGGAUUUUUGCCUGCAGCUGUACGGCUGUAAGGCAUGGGGUUUUGGUGAACGAAUUAAACAAAAUAUGCUUUCGAUUAGAAAUUGUUCCGGAAAUUGUUAUACGUGUGUGUAGUGCGUGUAUAUAAAUAUUCUAAAACUUUGUAUGAAAAUGCAUGUAACCGAUUUCCCACACACAAUAUAUAUAUAUAUACCUAUAUAAACAUAAAUCUAAGCACCGUUCCCGAUCUGUCGACUUGUCUUAAGAAACAUACAUAUUAAUGUGUACUACCAUUUCAGUGUGGUGUGCCGCUGAUAACGGAAGAGCGCUCCUUGGCCGUGUGGCUGACUCAACUGGUAAUAAUUUAUUUAUACGACCUUGCAGAGGAUAUCCUUUAGUCCCAUACUGGCGAUAGUCAGUCGAGAGCAUUUAAGAUUUAUAAAUUAAGCACAUGUUUUAUUUUUUGUAUGAUCUUCUGUUUAUUACAAAGAAUGAUUGAGUAUUUUUUCGCUUAAAUUGCUUACUUGUUCGUACACUACAAAUAAGUUAAUUUUUUAUUAGUUUAUAUACACCCUAUGCACAUGACUACACACUUGACUAAAUUGUGUAUGAAAAUACUCUUCAAGAAAGAAACUUUAUAUUGGCUUAGAUUAAAUAUAAAGCGUUUUUCCCACUCUCUUGUGGGCCAAUAA